CUGGGUGGCAACAUAAUUGUAGUAAAACGAAAGUAAAAGUUUCAUUUUCUUUUUACCUCUUUUUUUUUAACUGAAAAGUAUUCUUUACUUUUUCUGGGAUGACUUCUGUCUUUGAUACAUCUGUAUUAUCUGAAAGCGAAGACGAUCCGGAUUACAACCCCCCUGAAAAUGAUGAAAAUACUGGGCGUGAUAACAGUGAAAGUAUUAGUGAUUGUGAAAAUUGCAUGAAAAACGAAAUUGGUUCUGAAUUAAAAUGUAUGUCUAAUUUAACAGAAAAUUCAAAAAUUGAAACAAAGAAGCACGCAGAGGACGUGUGGAAUAAGUUUUUGAGUGAUAUUUCUGAAACAGAAAAGUCUUUAAAGUAUGCAAACAUUGUUAAAUCUAUGCAUAAUACAGGAACUGAAAUAAAAUCUGAAUGUAUAUCUGAUUCAGAAAUAUGCGAAUUGAAUAUGUAUAAAAGUAUUAAUCCUCUUAAAAGUAUUAAGUCUGCAGAUAAAGAUGCAGCAAUUGUGAGUUCAUCUGAACGUUUAACUAGUAAACGUUUAAACAUAGACUCUGUUCUUCAAGUAAUUCAAUCUAAGAAACAGAAAACUGGUAUUUUACAAAAAGCUCGUUAUGACUGGAAUACGUUUAAGAGAAGUGAGGGUAUUGAAGAAGAUUUAAAAAAAUUUAAUAAAGGUAAACAAGGAUUUAUUGAACGCCAGAGAUUUCUUGAAAGAUCAGAACUUCGCACUUUUGAGAAUGAAAAGUUGUUGAGGCAGUCACUAAAAAGAGCAUGAAUAUAUUUAUAUUCAUUAAAAUUAAUAUGAUUUGAAAAUAAAAGACAUGAUUUGUCUCAUUUAAAGAUUAACUAAAUAAAUUCCUUCUGGAUUAUUCUGUUAAAGGGGUCACAAAUAAAAAUCUGUCAUGUCUUAGCAUUAUCUUUUCAAAAUAGCAACAACCCUUAUCACUAAAUCUUGUUGGUAAUGAUGAAAUAAUAUCAAUAUGUAAUUAAGGUUAUGUUCUAGAUUACACUAAAAGAAUAACACCAUUCUUCCCUAUCAUAUUCAGAUACUUAUGGGUUAACCUUAAGCGUCUGAUUAAUCACCGUAAAAAUUGCCAAAAGUUGCACAUUUAUAGGCUGUUCUAUAAUUAAUAUUAGUUAAUAACAUAUAGUUUUCUAUUUAAGUUUUCAAAUUGCAUUCAGUUAAUGCACAAAUGUCUAUAUUUAAUACAGAAGUAUUGUAAUUGGUGGCUGGACAAUGAUGCUAUGGGUUACAAAGACAAGAUUUUUCAACUUUUAAAUAAUUUUUUCAGUCUAAAAAGGGAAAAAUGAUAUUGAGUAGGGACAAAAAUUUUAAAUUACAGGCACUAUUUAAGUAUAAUCCUCUUUGGAGCUUGCAUCUAAUUUAACUCUUUGUACAAUGCUAUUCCUUCUAUUAAGAAGUGUGGGCUGAAGAAAUUUUGUUUGUUUUUGUGAAUUAAGAACUCAAAAAUUGGAAUAACUAUACAUUGUUUCUCAUCUCUGUUUCCUUAUUAACUGUAUGUGUUCAAUAAAGGUUU